AUGGAUCUGCGAGUCGGCGGCAACGGCGAAGAGGUCGCGAUUAAGCUCGAGUCUGUCAAGGCGAAGCACCCCCAGCUGGAGUAUGAGGCGAAAGUGUACAAGACGCUUGCCGGUGGCGUCGGUGUGCCGUUUGUGAGGUGGUAUGGACAGGAGUGCGACUAUAACGCGAUGGUCAUUGACCUGCUGGGUCCGUCGCUCGAGGACCUGUUCAACUUCUGCAACCGCCGCUUCUCGCUCAAGACAGUUCUUCUGCUUGCUGACCAGAUGAUUUCGCGUGUGGAAUACAUCCACUCGCGCAACUUUAUCCACCGUGACAUCAAGCCCGACAACUUCUUGAUGGGCAUUGGAAAGCGGGGCAACCAGGUGAAUGUGAUCGACUUUGGUCUGGCGAAAAAGUACCGCGACCCCAAGACGCACCUUCACAUCCCCUAUCGCGAGAACAAAAACCUUACAGGCACGGCACGCUACACCUCGAUCAAUACGCACUUGGGUGUGGAACAGAGCCGUCGCGACGACCUCGAGUCGCUCGGCUAUGUGCUCAUGUACUUUUUGCGGGGAUCGCUCCCGUGGCAGGGCUUGAAAGCCGCGACGAAGAAGCAGAAGUACGAGCGCAUCAUGGAAAAGAAGAUGAUGACGUCCACCGAGACACUCUGCCGCGGCUUCCCCACCGAGAUGGCCAUAUACCUCAACUGCUGCCGUUCGCUUCGGUUCGACGAUCGGCCUGACUACAGCUACCUGCGCAAACUCUUCCGCGAUCUGUUUGUGCGCGAGGGAUACCAGUACGACUACGUGUACGACUGGAGCAUCCAGCCCCGGGAACGCGUCGAGCACCCCUCGGCGGGCCUGCCGCCGCCCGGCCAGGCGCAAGGCGCGCAGGACGCCCAGGGCGCCAAGCAGGCAGCUACGCAGCAGCUGCCGCGGCGCAAGGUGCUCCCCGCCGAGUACGCCGAGCCAUCUGCGUCGCGCGCGGCGCAGCCCGGCGCGAGUGCGGCCGAGUACGCACGGGCGCCGGUGCCGGCGGCUGUGAUUGGAUCGGAGCGUAUGGCCGCGCCCGAGUCGCCUGUCGUCGCGAGCGGCUCGGCGGCUCUUGCGACCAACAGCCCAGGGCGUACCUACCUGCAGCAGCAGCCGCGUAUGGACGAGGCUGGCUGGCACUAG